GUGUAACGUGAAAGCAGGAAGUAAGGACAAGAGGAUCUGCCCAAGUUUUGGUGUCUCUUCCCAUUAUUGAGAUGUAGCGGCCAAUCACGCCAACCUGUUCAGAACGUCCUGGUGCUAACUCCGAAUUAAAGAUGGCUUCUUCAGCUUCACAAGCCAAGAAGUCAAAGGCGAAAGUGCGUGUGCGUGCUCUGUACAGCUACUCCUAUGAAGAUGAUAAUGGUCAUCCUAUCAGCAUGGAUGAGGGAGAAGAGUUUGUGUUGAUAAAGCAAACGAAUGAUCAGUGGUGGAAUGUUAAGAAAAUUGGCUCUAAAUCGACAAUAUAUGUGCCAGCAAACUAUGUCGAAGUUGUUUGUGAUUUGAACUGUGCUGUCUUCGAGGAUGCUCAGGAUUCUCUCAAAGUGGACGAUGGUCGUUUGCAAGAUUCGCCGAAGCUGCAGCAAUCUGAUAUGAUCUGUGUCAAAACUGGUUCAUUCCCGAAGAAGGAACAAAAUCGCUUAUCGACAUUUGGUGCCAAAACCUCCAAGCAUCCGUCGUCCGCUUCUGGAUCUUCCCGCGGGGAUCCGGAUAGCGAUCCCGGUUUAUUGACGCCAGAUGAAGACGAAUCAGAUGAUGUGCAUGAUGUGAGUGCAUCUGGUUCGCAGCGACGGAAGCUAUUAAUGCGAACACAUAGCAGUAGCGAUGCUAGUAGCACAAUGCCUGAAUAUGCUAAUUUAGAUGAGUUCAGGCGCUGUGCAGGUAUCCCUGUCCACUCACCACCCGGUAUCCAGCCCGGCCAGACAACACACACAGAUCAAAGUCAUGAAUAUAUGAACCUCGCCGACAUACAAGCUCACAUUAAAGUGAAGACGAGUCCCGAACCUCCCCCACCACCACAACCAGGAAAGUCUCUACCGGUGAAGACUUUUUCAGAUGGCUGGGAAAUGCACAUCGAUCCAUCAAAAAAUCGUCCGUUUUAUUACAAUAAGGUGACAUCGGAAACAUCCUGGAAGCCUCCAAGGUUUAGUCCAAGGAAGGAGGAUUCAGAAAAAGUUGAGGCGAAUGACGUCAAAGGUGCAGAUACACCAACCAAUGGGGUGGUGCCCCAGGGUGUGGAUGCCAAUGGGAAGCCCCUCCCACCGGGCUGGAUUGUGGAGCUUGGUGAUAAUGAUGAGAAGCAAUACAUCAACACAUCGACAGAGGAGCAUUGGCUGAGCUCGGUAGAUGCAGCUGGGAAGACUUAUUACUACAAACAGAACUCUUCAGAUUCUAUGUGGGAACUUCCAGAGGUAGAGCCGGUCCGACACAACUCCAUCGACAGUGCAAUAAGGGAGCUGGAGGAGGUACGAAGCCGGGUGUCUGGAGUCAAGCAUGCUGAGCGCCAGACUCGUGCUCGCUCCAUGAUGGCAUUUACCACAGAUUUGAACAAGUCACUCGCAAAGGCUCGCACUUUCCCAUCUAAAUUACCUGUGUCGCCCGUGCGAGAGGGCCAAGAGACCGACAUCCUACUCCCCGAGCGCCCAGCUCCUCUCUCUGCUCCGGUGGGAACUUUUAGCAUCGAGUCAUUCAAGAAAGAAUUACAGGAUCUCUUACAAGUCCCUGGGCCUGACGGUGCUGUCUCUUUGAUAGUCAAGCCAACACCGGAAUCAUUGCAGAUCUCUGAGUCUAUCGAAAUGAAACCGCCAACUCCAGGCCCAAUCAUGAAACAGCCAUUCUCCCAAGAAUUUCCCUGGACGUCAGAUUCUCCAAGGGAGAAUAGCCCCCAGUGCGAGUCCCCCGUAGUGAUCCGUAGCCCACUUCGUGAACGUGACCCCUCUCAUGGGAAGAGUCCAUUACGCGAGACAAAAUCUAUGAUGUUACCUGUAGACUCCCUCAUGAUGCAACAUUUUCCUGGAAUGCUGGAGCAUGGUUUGGGCAAGGAGUCGCGGGAAUCAUUGAUGGUCCAGAGUAUGACCGGUUCUGCAAUGAAUCCAAGUUCGCCAAGGGAUGGCCAGCAAACCCGUAAGAAAGAGCCUAAAAAGCCUUCUGAUAAAAAAGGGGUACUGAACAAGACAAAGAUUAUGGAGGCAGGGAAAAAGUUAGCUAAGAAAUGGAGCCAGACAUAUAUUGUGUUGUCUGGGUCAAAUUUACUAUUCUACAAGGAUGCAAAAGCUGCUCAAAAAUCUCCUGUGGGGAGACCAGAAACUGUGAUAGACAUGUCAACCGCCGAAAUAGAUUGGGGGAACCGGGAAACAUCGAGCAGGAAGAAUGUGCUUCAGGUUACUUCAGAUGGUGCUGUGUAUCUCUUACAAACUGAAGAUGGACCAAAGAUACAAGAAUGGAACAUCGCUCUCAAACAAGCUCAAGACUUUGGCAGCCAGCUAGCUGACAUGCUUCCUUCACCAGAAACCAGUAAACCUCCAAGUAAAGCGCCACCUCCAGUCAGCAAAAUGAAACGCUCAAAGUCAACAAAAAUGAUCACUUCAGCCCAACGAAAUCAAACAGGCGAUCUUUUACGGCGAACUAAAUCAACCAAGGCUAUGCCUAACUCAAGUAGACUCAAGACUGUGGAGGAUUCUUCGCAUCCAAGAAGCAAGAUUCGGGAAAGGUUGAUGAAUCUGUUGAAAGGUCGUCCGACGAGGGACAGCCUGGCUGAAAAGGGAAUUAUUAAAGAGCAAAUCUUCGGUUCAACGAUCUCCGAGAUCUGUGAGAGAGAAAACUCCACUAUUCCACGCUUUGUGAUGGAUUGUACAGCAGCCAUCGAAGUCCGAGGUCUCUCAUGUGAUGGGAUAUAUCGUCUUAGCGGGAACUUGGCUCAGGUCCAGAAGUUACGGUUUGCAGUUGAUAAUCCUGCAGAACCAUACGACUUAGACGAUCCGAUGUGGGAUUUCCAUGUGUUAACUGGUGCAUUGAAGCUGUUCUUCAGAGAACUUAAAGAACCUCUCUUCCCAUUUGAUUUCUAUGACAAGUUGAAAUUUGCUAUCACGUUACCUGACAAGUCCAAGAAACUGCAGACUAUGAAGGAUCUAAUCAGGGUUCUGCCAAAACCAAACUUCGAUACGACAAAAUUACUUUUUAAACAUUUAGAUGCAGUGAUGAGCUGCAGUUCACAGAAUCGGAUGCAGGCGCAAAAUAUUGCUAUCGUGUUUGGACCAACGCUACUCUGGCCAAAGGAUGAGGCACCCAACAUGGCUGUCAGCACAGUGUUUCAGAAUCAAAUAGUGGAAUAUAUACUAUUAGAAUUCAAAUCCAUCUUUUCCUAGCUAAUGUUAAAACGGGUUACACUUGCCUGAAUGUGUAUAUUACUAUUUGUAUUGGAGCAUAGGGCUUUGCAGAAAUUUGAGUUUAUAACUAAACCGUGUAAAAAUGAAGAGUUGGAGAUGAUAUGUUACAUGAAGUUGUGUGUUAUAUUUCUAGCUGCAGUGAAAAAUUGUGUGAUGCCUUUGUUUCGCAGACCCUCCGAAAAUGACAAUGAUGAAGAUGAUGAUGAUGAUGGUAUAGAAUUAUACAAAUAUGGAAUGCAGAAUAAGAAAACUACAACUUUGAUUGUAGAAUCUUGUCAAGUCAGUUUGAGCUUGAAUGAAUGGGUGAGCUUAUCUCACCGCGUCUUGUUUGUGGUCCAUAGGUCCAGUAUCAAUGAUGACACGUUUGCUGACCUUUAAGUCUAGAAAACUUGGUGUGUUGAUGUAUGUCUUAUUAAUUCAGCAUGACUUGACAUUAAAAAAACAUCAUUGUGAUUUGACCUACUUUCUGGGCUGCAGGCAGCCAUCCUAAAGGGGUAUGCCGUUUGUAAUUUCAUGUGGUCCAGUUAAAUAGAAAUCCACUGAUACACAAUUCUGUAGAUGUUUAAACUCGAUAUUCAUAGUAUCUGUAUAUUAGUCCACACAACGGCAAUGUUGAAAUUCAUAUUUCGUACAAAUUUUCCCAAUUCGACAUUUUAAAGUUCAAUUACAAAUUCAAAGUUUUUAACAAACGGCGUAGGCCUUUAAAGUCAGAGAUGUCAAACUUUAAAAUCUCACUGAUAGGGGCACAUUAUGUAAUCAUUUGUCUUCAAAUUUGAUAUGUAGCCUUUUUUUUCUAUGUUGACAAAGAUUUAGGUCAGUGUUGGCUAACUUUCAGGUGUACCUAGGUCAAGGUCAUACAAUCCUGUGUGUGUCGUAUAUCAAGAAUCCUUCACUGUGAUCUUCAAAUGGGUGUCAUUUAUCAAUUUGAAAAAGCCUGACAUUGUGCUAGAAUCAGUUUGAGCUUGACCUAAGUUUCAAGAUCACCAAGGUCACACUCUUGUCGCAAAGACUUUAGAUGAAGACAUCUAUUGGAUAUCUUUAAAUCAUAGCAGAAAUCCAACCUGCUUUUCAAGGUGCGAUGUUAUUUGGGAGUUAGAUUUGUUCACACGAACUUCCUCUUGAUUUGAUGCUGUCAUCAGGCAUCAACUCUGGCAGCUUUUUUGAAUGUGACCAGGUCCCCUCACCAGUCUUAUUAGUUUAGGAACAUUCAUCCAUCCACUCCAGGCCCUAUGCAAGCAUAGUAUCGCUGGAACAUUUCAUUGCUCUUAACAUGGGAUCAGUUUGACUCUCGGCCCACCCUACUUAAUAUCAAUUUAAUUUGAACUUUCUUUUGCCAUUUAGUGAGUCUCUAUCUUAACCCAGUUAUAUUGAGUUAAAUGCAUGCUUGUUCAGUAGUUAAUUAUAGCUAAAUGCUCAAGAAGAGUUCAAGCUUCCCCUAUAUGAUUUGUGAUUAGUGAAAGAAUAAUUGUGAAAACACUAUGGUCUUUCCAGUUAAGUCUCGAGCUUUAUUUAUUUCAGAUUUUGUUUGAAAACAAUAUAUUUAAUGAGUUGCUAGUUGUGAUACCCAGUCCAUUGUACAUGUGCUAAGGCGGUUUUAGGCAUUUUCACCUUGGGGAAUCAGUUGCCAACGGACCUAGCAUUGAACAGGCCUGUUUCCAACUUACCGAGCAGCCUGUCCACAGAACGGCCCAGAAGAGGCCUGGGAUAAUAUUAAAAUUAUCUUUUUAAACUCUCUUUUGCCAGCAGAGUGAGUUGAAAGGCCUGAAUCUCGGCUAGUUGGGAAUUAAUUCUCCUGGGCGAUCUUUGGAUUAAUCGUCUCAACAGAUUUGUCGAUGGCCCUGUUUGUGAUAAAAUAAAAGUUGUUGCUGGUCUUUUUUUGUUGCAGCUUUUUCUUGAGGUUUGACUGAUGGAGGUCUGUUUCAAAGUGCUUUCAACAGCCUCCACUGUUAUGAGCCCUCUAAAGGGGCACUCCUGGGUUAACAUUAACAUGCUCGUUAAGCACUUAAGCUAGACUGACUAUCCAUUCACUUGUUGAAGUGCUCGAUAGACGGACUUCAGCAUUAUUACCAGGCAGAUAAUUUUAUUCUUGUUAUUUGUUUGCUUAAUUGAGUUGAUUGAAAUGGAAGAAUUGAAACCCUCCUUCUAAUAUUAAUUCCAUGGUCAGGAAUGAGGAAUUAAAGGUAGAACAAGCUUAGCUCCUGGGAAAGCUUGGGCCGCCGCAGUAAUCGAGCACUCCUGCAGUAAAUCGAUGACUGCUUCAUCUCAUCAUUUCUCGUCUUUGUCCAACACUGAUGUCGAGUGAAUUGUUUAGAACAUGCCUAUUCAUGUACAGGGGGUGAUCCUCGGUUACAUUACGCAUUUCAGCUUUUUGUCAUCUUCCGGUACGCUACCAGAGAACAAAAUGCUCAAAUGUAUGCUAUGUAUUUCAAAACUUUUCAUUUGAGAAUGCUGCAACCACAUAGAUUACUGCAUUUAUUCAUAUGUGAAAUUUCAUGCCUAUACCUUCUCAAAAAAGGAUUUCAAUCCACCAAGAACAUGAUUUUCUGUUUUGGAAAAUGUACAGAGGAAUUUUUCCGCUAUGACAGAGUUCUUCAACAAUAAAAACUGGUGUGACAUGACUGUUGUACACUACCUGACUCGCAUAUUAGAAUUUGACAUGUUUAAAAUCUUUUGAAACUUUCAGUUUAUCAAAGCUUUUAAAAGAUUGAUUGCUUUAUUAUCUGGUACCCUCCUAUCGAGCACUCUGCGUUGUGAAGAGACUUUAGGGGGAGGGGAGAAAGGGGCGUCUGAACCAGGAUCAGCAACUAGACUUUCUAUUGUUCAGAAAUCUUGAAAGUCGCUCUCAUUUCCACAAUUACUCUCGGACUUUCAUCUAACCCACCUCAAAUUGAUUGUUACAGCAUGUCCCUGCAUUUUAAUCUAUUCAAAAGUUCAUUCCAACACAACCGCUCCAGAAAAAGGCCGAUGUUUCACCAUAUGAAAUUUCACUACAUGUAAUUUGCACGGGAGUUUCGCGCCAUUGAAGAAAUGCCAUGAUAAAUGAUGUUGGACAAGGUUCAGAGGCUCUGUUGCAUUUGGCAUUGGGGCUCAUAUGCUGCACAAAAUCAUCAUUUUUCUGGAAUGGUUGUCGUUUGAAUGAAUUUUAGAUUUAGGUUCAAUGAAAUUCCAAGAGCAAUUUUGAAAAUGUAGCUCUGUAGCUAUGGAGGUUUCCCCUUUUGCCUUGGCUAUGCACUAUGAUAAACCUGUGCAGAUAGAUAGAGAUGAGGCGUUGCAAGUAUGAAUUACUCGUAAAUCGUUUUGAUUGAUUUUUAAAUCGGGACAAUAUUAUGUUUAUGUCUUGUGUAAAUUGAAACAAAUAGUGGUACUAAUUCAUUAGAUGACAUAAUAAUCAUAGCACCUUUCCUUCCUAUAAGGUGUGUACAAAAUUGUUUUGUAAUUGAGUGUUGUUACAAUGAACAUUCCAAAGGUUUAAAGAAUCUAUCUGGACAAAAAAACACGCUCUUAUGAGAAACCUUUUGGCUUUUGGGGUUUUCCUACAAUUUUUUCUCCAAAAUAAUUAUCAUCAUGGUUUGGUUUUUUUUUGUUUUCGGCAAUACCACCCAUCAAUGGAGGGAAAUACCAGGUCCAGAUAAAUCCUUCCACCUUCAAAACAGGGUUUUAUUUGCUGAUUUCAGUCAGCACUGUUUCCUGGGGUUGUUUCAGGUGCUAAAAGGGAAGACCUACUCCCUUUCCCUCAAUCAAGACUAUUUUAGGUCAAGUUGGCCAUUUGUUUUUGAUCAGUGGUGUAACAAAUCAAGGUAGUUCACAGUUCACUGCCUUGUUUUGAAACCAUUGAUUACAGCUGAAGAGUCAAAAUUAUGUUUGUUGGCAAAUCUGAUGUGAGAUACUGCAUUAUAAGGCUGCGGCACGUAUAGUCAGGGUUUUCGAUUUGACCUACUUUUCUAGUUAAAGCAAAGCUCGUACAAGCAAUGCAAUGCCCCCACCGUGCCUCAUACGCGAGUUUCUGAAUGGAACCCUAUUUUAGGCCCUAUUGUCCACAUGUUCAUCAGGCCGAGUCUAGCUUUCUGAUCUGGGCCCGGCUUAUUAACAGGAAAUGAGAAGGUUCAUUGUUACCACCCAAGAAAAUGUAAAAAGUAGGCCAAAACGUUGUCGUGCGAAAUCCCCUAAAACAGAUAAUAAUCUAAGAAAUUCCCUGUCAGAGGCACUUUUUAAAUUUGUUGCGUAUACAACUGUAGGUAUGUAUCUCGACACAAAGAAACGUAAGUUGAAUUGACAUACUCGUCAUAGUCUGAAACAAUAUUUUGACAUCAGUUAGUGUACAGUAGAAGAGGCUUAGGGCAGUAUGAAAUGAGGAUGGUGGGCCAAUUCAUCACUUAGUAGUGUAAUUUGCAUAUGUAGAAAGUUCACAGUUAAAUGGUUUUCCUCAAAAUUUUUCUAAGUCUAAUUCUAGGCCCGCAAAGGGGGAUAUUUCUGUUCACCCAUGGCUAUGGGCCCAAAAUGAGUAUUAUAAUGAGGGUAUAUUAAGAAUUGGGUAAAUUAUGUCAGAACCAUUCCCCUUUGUUGGCUUAGAAUUGGGAAUAUUGGAGAAAAAACCAUUUAACUGUGAACUUCCUGUAUACAAUAUUGGAAUGCUAGAAAAAAGUACAUUUAUUUAGUAGCAAAGGACACGAAGGUCGAAGAAAAGCUGUGGGGAACACAGCCGGACCUUCGGGCGACAAGCCGCUUCAUCACCGCCACAGGACUGAGGUUAUAGUACUUAGGCAGGUUGAAUGCUGAAGAAGAAGAAGAAGUAGCAACUGAGCAUGCACUUUCUUGUUGAUAUUUGCAGUACAGCAUUGUACAUCUUGUGGCUUCGUGAAUUGUGCAUUUUUGCCGUCUAGAGUGACCUGGUUAUCAGAAUGGAUCGUAGUUGUCUCUUUUGUUUCACUCUAGAUACUGGCUUCUGCUGUAUCAAAAUUUGGACUGCAGACAGCAAACCUUUGAUUCAGUAAGGAGAUGAAACAAAGAUGAUGGUCAACUGGAAAAGAUCCACUAUACCCACCAAAGGUAACGCCAGUCUUGUCACCCCGCACAGAAAGUAUUCAAGACUUAAGGUUGAAAUUCUGAUAUGUGGUCAUCUAAUAUUGCAAUAUUGCUGUAACAAAAAAUCAAUGUUGAAAUCAACCUAUCACAAAGUUAACUCCUCCCAUCUGAUUAAAUUGCUGUGCCACUAAUGCUUUUUAACGAUUUUAAUUCCAUUUUGAUGAAAGGUGAUGAUUUGAUGCUUAAGUUCUGUUUUUGACUCGGAGAUGGCGCUGUUGUUAUCACUCCUAACGUAACUUUGGUUGUCUGAGUGGUCAGGCCGAUGCUUGAAGUUGACAUCAGUGUUGGUCACCAAUGCGGUUGAAGUUUAUACUCUCUGCAGUUGUGGUGUUUUUAGAAAGGGAGGCUCUUUCGGACAGCUUUCGGACAGCUUGGGUUUCAUUGAUUGUCAGAAGUUUAGUUUUGCCGCCUAUUAAAAUUCUUGAGUAAGACACUUUCUUUGAAAAAGCUGUGUUCUCAGAUAUGCGGCAUGUUUGGUACAAACUUUGACUACCAACAGAAUUAUAUCGGCUCAGAUAGUCUGCAUGCAGGUGGUAAGUUGUUGUUAGAGCUGUCCCUCUCAUUGCAGCUGUCAAGGAUGGGUAAAUGAGUUCGUUCAAUGAAAUUUCCUUUGAAUUUGAAUCAAGCAUGUCAAAAGUGUUAGGAAUUGUUCACAGGUUAUUGAGGGGGACCGCGAGUGUAGUGCCAAUAUAUGCCUUAAUCCGCAAUAGCACAGUUUCUGUGCUGUGACCUGUAUGUAGGCAGACUGCAGUGUAGGGUCAUUCAACAUCCAAAGUGUACUCCAAUGCAUUUUCUAUUGCAAAAUCCAGCAGUCAAGGAGAAUAAUUUUCAUUCUUGUUGGUCAAAAGGAGUCCAAAAGUGUAUUUCUUGGUAGGUUUGUAGUCAUGACAACAAGUUGAAGGUCAUCUCGCUUAGAAAUAAUGUCAGUGUGUACUGGAUAGAUGUGUUAUCAGGUGGAGAACUGCAUUUGUUUUAACCAAGCUCAUGAAAUGACAUUUUUCUGGUAUUUUCAUGAAUUUGGCAAACCCAGUCACCAACAUCCCUUUGCCAGAUGAUUUUCCCUUCCUUCAGAGUACAUUGCACACAAAGAAUGAUAUUAAUGACGGUGCUGAUUCAAACACAAAUUUAUUUAUCAUAUGCGAAAUUGUGCAUGCAUAACUAAUCGCUCUUGUUGCAUUUGCAAAUGUUCAAGCUAAUGAAAGGGCUGACGGGUGAUCAAAUAAUAAUAUGUCACCUCUUCUAUUUUCCUGAACAACUGCAAAAGUAGUUAAUGCAAUUCGUUUGUGUGGUUUUUGGUUUGAAUCACCACAGUGUCAAUUGGGACUAAAAUGACUAACCUUGUUUUGAGUCCGACAGGCGUCAAACCCAUCUUUGCUCUCGAACGAGUAGGUACAUAUAUGGGGUAUUCCGAAUGACUGGUGUUUCAUGAAAGUCUACAAUUAUGGCCAGGAUUGCUUAUUUGAAAAUGGAUUAACAAAACAUGUAUGUCAUGUGGACAGCUUUACAUAAUAUUUAAUGUGCAUUAUUGUUUUGGUUGUAUCUCAUUAUUUUUUGUAUAAUUUCUUGUAAAAAUAUACUGAUAUACAGGGUCACCCAAUAAGAUGUCCCAAUAUCUUCAGCACUCAUUUGUAAGUUUUUCACCUGCCAUUGCCAUAAUGUUUCCACUAUUUAGCAUGGACUAAUAUAGAUUGGAUCUGUUACUUGGCUUCCAGCUAUUGUUUUUGGCUGACCAAGCGGACCACGAGGGGUUAAAGGGCAAUAACUCAUCAAUUAACACAUGAGUUAUUGAAAUCUCCUUCUCGUCUGGAAUAAAAAUAAAAAUAUGUUAUUUAGAUGGCUUGAAUUCUGAUCUGAAGUAUAUUUAUUGUCGAUAGUUGAUUCGUUGGCCUAUUUUUAGUUAAUUACUUAGCUUGACGAGUGUUAAGAGCAGGCUCAGUUUGUUUUAAUUAACUAAUCAUUUUAGUCAACACCAUGCAGUAAACAAAGAAAUUUGUUUGGUCAAUUAUCGCAUAUUGACCAGAUUCAAAGACAAAAUUAAUGCCGAAGGUCAGGUCAGUUAUGUAUUAAGAACUAAAAACGGCUUAUAAAGUAUAAGUGAUUGGAGUUCAAUGUUAGAUCACUAUGAUACCAGCUCUCUAUCAAAUACUGGCGGUAUAAUAAGAAUACGGGAUUUUUGAGUUUCUGGUGAGAAAUCUCACUUGGGUCUUGUGAUCAAUCCAGUGCUCGAGAUGUCCUCGUUGUCCGCUGAUGAUGACUUGCAAAUCCAGGUUCAGAAGUCCGUGGGACUAGCAAUUCAUUUACAACAUUAUAAAAUUGACCUACACCUGGUAUGUACAGUCUAGCUCAUAUUAACAUCAACACCUAAUUCAUAUGAUAUCGUGCAAACUGAUACACCAAGUGCAAUGCGGUUUUAGCAGAACGUUUGUUUUUGAAGCAAACGUUACGGCAGGAAUGUGAUUUCUUAAUGUUUUCAUAAUGAAAUCGGCCAUUCAAAAAAAUCGUUACAAAUCCUUACAAAUAUCUGUAAGUUCAGAAUUUCUCCAAGUGAGGCAUGUUUCUUUAUCACUUGACAAAGACUCUUCUGAUUUGAUAUGUAGACACCUAUAUUGUCGAGAAAGAUUUAGGUCAGUGUGACCUUCAUUUCAGGUUGAAGUAGGUCAAAGGUCAUAAUAUCCUAUGUGGCGUCAUAUUUCAAGAAAUCUUCGAGUUUGAUCUUCAAAUGUUUGUCAUUGAUUAAUCUGAACAAGUCACACAUUGUGCUUGAAGCACCUUGACCUUGACCUUAUUUCUAUGGCCACGGAAGACAAACUCUCAAAUUCCACCAAUAGUGGCCUAUCAUUAUUUGUCCAAGACUCUUCAAAUUUAAUAUGUCGACACCUACAUGUAUUAAACUUCUCUACAAUGUUGACAAAGAUUUAGAUCAAUGUGACCUACUUUUUGGUGUAAGUAGGUCAAUAUAAAGAAAAUCCUGUUUUAGUCAUAUCACAAGAAACAUUCUGUGUAUGAUCUUGGAAUGUGUGUCAUUCAUAAUCUAGAGGUAGAACAUGCUUUUGACCUUGACCUAAUUUCAAUGGUCACGGAGGUCACAUUUUAUGUAACCAUAUUUCUGUCACUAACUGGAGGUGAGCACAUGGCCUUAUCAUUUGAAAAAACUGGAGUAAUAAAACCCAACAUAAUUAGAAUUAUAAUGUUUAUUUCAUUAGAUUUGUGAUAUAAGAACUGUAGACAUAGCUAUUAUAACGGCAUUACAGUAGGUGUGUUCUAAUGUUUAAAAGGCAAACCAUUGCAUUUGUUAUAUCUCCAGCAUCGCUUGUUCAACUUUGAUGAAGUAAGUAUGAAAGAUCUUAAUAUUUUAGCAAGGAAUUUUUAAAAAUCAAAUCAAAAUGAAAUAAUUUUUUGUAAGGUUUUCUUGAAUUGCAGAUUUUAUAAUAAAAAUCUUCUACAAUAACAGUCUUGCCUUUGCUUAGAAAAUUAAAUAUCUAACAAUUAUGCUAAACAGCAUUACUACGGGGUAACGUGUUUGAAAUUAGUAUGAGCUAAACUGACCUUAAAGUUUUGAAACUUUUGGGAUGUACUAGAGGUGUUGAUGAAUAUUGUGAUGAGGAAAACCUAUUGAGUGCUAGGCAAUCUGCCAACUAUCGAUUAUAUGACGCAUUAGGAAACAUGACGUUCAGUCAUUGCCAUAAAUGAAGCUGUGGAAAGCCAACUCUACAACAUUGAGGAAUGUUCCAUGGUUUCUUGUGUUGUCUAUGCAGUGCAUCAACACAACACAACACGAGUUCUUAUCAAAUUUGGCGUAAUUUUUUUGGGUUGAUCCUGUAACCUUGUACAAUGUGUAAAUACAUGUAGAUAACGUCUUUGAAGGCUGUUGUAUGUCUGAUACAGAGAGAAGCUGGACGGUCCCUUGUGAUACAAGUUAUGAAA